UUUAUGUGAACAUUUUGAUAUAAUGAUGAUAUCAAAAACAAUAAAAACAACAGCGAACAAUAAUCCAUGUAAUGAUGAAAAUGAUAACGAUGAUAAAAAUCAAAAUCAAUCAACGAUAACCAAAAAAAGAUCAACAAUGGAUACAACUGAUGAAUUUGAAGAUGAUCCAAUUAUAUAUGCACAAAUUAAACGUGAAACAAAUUCAAAUAAUAAUUCAAAAUUGAUAAAAUUUUUUGAAACAUUACCAAGGUUUCAAUCAGGUUUACCUUCGUCAUCAUUAUCAACAAACAUCAAUCAAUCACAUCGAAAAACUGUUCGCAUUGGUUAUAAUUUAGAUUUACGUUCAAAUAAAUUACCCGAUUGGUUUCAAUUGGAUUCUGAACAUAAAUGUUUAUCCAUUAUACAGCAAAAGCAGCAAAAUCAAACGAAUCAAUCAUCAAAUCAAUCAAUAAAAUUAAUACCAUAUGAUCAUAUAUUUAUUGGUUCAUUACCGGAAAAACUUUUAUCAAUACCGAUAACAAUAUUAACCGAACCAAUACAAUUAUUAGCAUAUGGACAUUUAAAUAAUGCUGUGAUUAUUACUAUUGAUGAUUUGAUUGAUCCCAAUUUAAUCAAUGAAUUUCAACAAUUUGUUCAUCGUGGUUUAAUGAUUCAUUCGAUUGCAUGGUUAUUUGAUGCUAUCAAUCAUCAUCAUCAUAAUAGCGAUGAUAAUGACGAAUGUUUGAAUCCUAAUACUAAUCGUGCCUAUAUUCAAUUAUCAGCUUCAAUAUUGUUUCAUCAUAAAAUUUAUGAUUUGAUUGCUAAUCGAUCAUCUUCAUCAUCAUCAUCACAAUCAACAUUGGUCGCCGUUGAUCAAGAAAUUGAAUAUGAAUGUAACGAUGCUCGACAUGCAGUCAGUCAUUUAGAACAUGCAUUCAAUCUAUUGGAACAAAUUCAUUCAACAACAAAUAAACAAAAAAAUGAAUAUUUAUUCGUUUUAACUAUACAUUUAUAUCGUUUUCAAUUGAUUCCAUUGUUGAAUACGAAUAAAAAAUGUCAAGCAAUUGAAAAUCAUAGUAAACUUUAUCUGAUCGAUAUACCUUUAUCAUCAUCAUCAUCAUCAUCAACAUCACAAUUAUAUCAGAUAAUGACCAGAUUAUUUAAACAUGAUAAUUUAACAUCAUUCAGUAAAUCAAAAAUGGCCAAUCUAUUGAUCAAAGCAUUAUCGAAUAAUGAUCAACAACAACCAGAAACAAGUUUAACAAUAUUGGCAAAUUUAAAACCACAUUUACAUCGACCAGAAACAAUAUUGGAACGUUGUCAGUUGAUUUCAUUGAUGAAAAAAUGGCCAUUAAAACAAUUUAAAAAUGAUAAACAUCAUCAUCAUCGACAACAACAACAACAAUCAUCAUGUAAAUCAUGUUUACGUCAAUCAAACAAUCAUGUUAAAAAUCCAAAAGAUGUCGAUAGUUGUCAACAACCGAAUCAAAAUUAUGGAUCAUCAUCCGAAUUAUCAUUCGAUACAGUCAUUUCUCGUAAUCAUCAUCAUCAUCCUAUACAAUCAACAUUAAUCAACAUUAGUCACGAUGAUGAUGGUAGUGGUAUAGAAAAUAAUAAUCAAAAAUGUUCUGCCGGUAAUUUAAAUGAACAGAUGAAUAAAUGUCGAAAAACAAACUGUGAUUGUUGUUGUUAUGAAAAUCAUCAUCAUCGUCAUCAUCAUCGACAUAAUCAAUCACAAUCAAAACGUUCGAAAUUGGCAAAAAAUUCAAACAGUAGCCAUGAAUCAUUGAAUAAACAAUUGAAAAGAAAUGAUGGAAAAGAUAAUAAUCAUCAUAAUCAUCGAAAACAAUUAGCCAAACGUAUUCGACAACGAAAACGUUCAUUAUUAUUGAAUGAAUCGAAUGAUGAUUCAAUAUGGAGUGAAGAACUUUGGAUUGAUGGACCAAAUAUAAAUGAAAAUUCAACCAUGGGUCAAACAACGACAACAACAACAAAUCAACAAUGUUUACAUAGUUUAAAUGAAAAGAAAAAACAUCGUAUUGAACAAUGGAUUUCAACAACUUAUCAUCAUCGUAACAAUAAUAAUACAACAAACAUAUCGAUCGAUGAAUUUAUUGAUUCAACUAAUCGUAUGCUUGAUUUGGGAUUCAAAUGUUUAGAUGAUAAUUGUUUUGCACAAUGUAAUCAACAACAAAACAUUGUUGUUGAUGAUGAUCCGAUGGUUUGUCGUGAUACAUUAAGUGAUUGUGGUGAUAAAAAAAGUGAUUUCUAUGAUGAAUAUUAUAAUCUAUGGAAAUUAAGUCCGAAAAAUGCACGAAAAAAAUCACAAAGACAAUCAUAUCGUAAAUUUAAAGAUGUUGGUGAUAAUGAUGGAAAAAAUCCAAUACCAAAAUCAAAUGAACUAUCACAACCACCACCUGCAUCAUCAACAACGACAACAACAUUAUCAACAAUGUUUAAUCGAAUAGCCGAACCACCAAAACAAUUAAAAUUGGAACAAUUUUUACAACAAUUAUCUAAAAUAACUGUAUCAUCAUUAUCGAAAGAUCAUCAUCAUCAUCAUUCACAGACAAAAUGUGAAUCGAAAUGUUCAUUUGAAAAUUGUCAUUGUCAAUUGGAAUCACAAAUGAAAUUACAAACGCAGCAACAACAACCAUUACAACAACAUAAAUCAUCAUUGAAAUCGUAUGGUUCGAAUAAAACUAAAGAUGCUGACCAAGCUACUAAUAAUCAUCGACCAAGCUGUUCACCAACUGGAAGUAAAAAUUCCAUUAAUUCAUCACAACAAAAACAACCGAUAAUAGUAAUGAACAAACAUGAAUUUGAACAAAAAAUGAAACGAAAUACAACAUCAACAACAACAAGUGGACAUGGAACAAUUAGUGAAGGUGAAUGUUCAUCAAUUGCUAAAAAAACAUCAUCCGUUUCAACACCAAGUUAUGGAUCUAAUGGUAUUGUUGGUGAUAAUAACAGCAGUAGUGCAGUUGUUGUUGUUGAUAAUAGUGUUGGUGUCCAUAUUGUUCAACGACAGCCAGCAUCAAGUGGAUAUGAAUCGACCGUUCAAGAUGAUGAUGACGUUGACGAUGAGGACGAAGAAAAUGAUGAUGAUUAUCUAUAUAAUGAUCACCAUCAACAUUACCAUCAUCAUUAUCAUCAUCAAGAGAAUAAUAGACAGAUAAAAUGUCCAAAUAAAUUGGCACCAAAAUCAUCAAUGACAGUAUUGACAACUAAAUCUGGAACAAUUAAAACAAUGAUGGCUAUAUCAGAUGGUAAUGACAAUCCAAAUGAUGAUGAUGACAAUGAUGAUCAAUCAUUAUUCUGUUCAAUGUUUUGUUGUGGUCAUUGAACAUUAUGUAUAAUAAUACUUUUUUUUACAUGUUUUUUAAAUAUAUCUAUGGCUUUUUUAUA